AUGUCCGCCCUCGUCGGCGGCCUCAGCGGCAAGGAGCGCGCGCAGCUGGACGCCGCAGUAUUAGAAUACCUCAAGAAAGUCGCGCCGGCCGCGGCGGACGCCUUCGCGCCGGCGCCGCCGGACGCCGCCGCCCAGCCCGGCGCCCUCGAGCGCAAGUGGGUGUCCGUCGUGCGGCUCCAGCGGCGCGUCCUCGACCUGGAGGCCAAGGCCAAGGCCGGCGGCCGCGCGACGCCGCCGCCCGGCGGGUCCUACGCGCCGCGCGCGCCCUGCGCGCACGCGCUCCGCGGCCACCGCGGCGCCGUGACCUGCGCGGCGGCGAGCGGCGGCCUCGCGGCGACGGGCGCCGAGGACGGCGCGAUCCGGCUCUGGGACUGCGCGAGUGGCGCCGCCGCCGGGUCGCUCGGCGGCCACGUCGACGCCGUGCUCGCGCUCGCCUUCGACGACGGCGGCGCGCUCCUCAGCUGCUCGGCCGACGGCACGGCCAAGGUCUGGCCCGCGGCCGCCGUGGCCGCGGGCGGCGGCGCCGGCGCGACGCUCCGGGGCCACGGCGGCGCCGUGAGCGGCGGCUGCUUCGCCCACGGCGACGGCGGCGCGGACGCGGCCGCGGUCGUCACGGCGUCGCGCGACGGCGACGUCCGCUGCUGGCGGCCCGCGGACGGCGCCGCGCUCGGCGCCGCGCGCGCGCCCCACGGCGCCGGCGAGGCGUUGCGGGGCUGCGCGGCGCGGCGCUGCGCCCGGGGCGCGCGCUACGGCGGCGACUGCGCCGCGCUCGUCGCGACGUGCGGCGGCAAUACGGCUCGGAUCUUCGCGCUCGGCGCGGGCGGCGCGCUCGCCGACGCGGCCCAACCCCUCGCGGGCCACGCCCACGCCGUCGAGGCCGUCGCCUUCGGCCCGGACGCGGCGACGCGCGCCGUCGACGCCGCGGCCUACGCGAAGCUCUCGCUCGCGGACGGCGCGGCCGCGCGGCGAAGCGUCGUCGUGGCGACGUGCGCGCGCGACGGCGAGGCCCGCGUCUGGCGCGUCGCGCCGGACCCGGCGGCGGGCGCGACGGGGCUGCCGGCGCCCGCGUGCCUCCGCGUCCUCGCGGCCCACGGGUCCUGGGUCCGGUGCCUCGCGUGGCACCCGUGCGGCAGGCGCCUGUCGACGGCGUCCGACGACCGGUCCAUCAAGGUCUGGGACGUGCCCGACGGCCGCGUCGUCGCGUCCCUCGACGACGCCCACGCGGGCUUCGUCGCCGCGCUCGCGCUCUGCGGCGACGCCAAGACGCUCGUCUCCGGCGGCGACGACCGCCUCGUCCGCCUCUGGAGCUGCCGCUAG